GUACACACUAAAAGCUUAGUGAAUAAUUGUAUAAUUUAUGUUAAAGAGGUGACUCAAAUGCUUUUUCAAACUCUCAUGUGUUUCAUUCAUAAAUUGUUUAUGCAUGGAAAACAGAAGAGCUUGGACCGAUUCAGUAAUGCCAGUGUCAAGCUUAACUUACUGAUCCUAUUUGAAGCACUCUCUAUCCUUAAAGAAUUAGGCUCCUUCUGGCCAGGAUGCAAGUCAUGCUGGGAUUUAGAUGUUUACGCCGAACUGUAAAAAGGGGAUAUAAAACCCAGAGCUCAGUGCAUUCUGUGCAAGGAGCACGAAUCAGUCUACAAAACAAGAUCUGAUCAAACACUACGAUCUUUUGUACACCUGCCUCCCACGACAGUGUAGCCAUGGUACUGGAGGACUCUGAGUGUUGUGCCUUUGAUCUUGAGAUCACUGAGGAUGCUGUCGAGACUCCCUUUGGUAAGGUGCACUGUACCAUGAAGGGGGUUGCAAAGAGCAACCGCCCUGCCAUCCUGACUUUUCAUGACAUCGGCCUGAACCAUAAAACUUGUUUUGAGUCACUCUUUGAACAUAAAGACAUGCAUGAGAUCACGCAACACUUUGCUGUGUGUCAUGUUGACGCCCCAGGACAGCACGAAGGUGCCAGCACAAUCUCCACAGAGUCUACAUACCCAUCGAUGGAUCAGCUGUCAGAGACCCUGCCUAUGGUUCUCAAGUGCUUUGGGAUAAGCAGUGUGAUUGGACUGGCGGUUGGUGCUGGAGCCAACAUUCUUUGCCGCUUUGCAUUAAAACAUCCAGAUUUGGUUGAAGGUCUUGUUCUGAUUAAUAUGAAUGCUCAGGCAGAAAGCCUCAUGGACCGGGCAACACAAAAGAUUACAAGCUGGACUCACGCUCUCCCUGACACAGUUAUUUCACAUCUUUUUGGAAAGGAGGAGAUUCAGAACAAUCCCGAGCGGAUUGCAACCUUCCGUCACCACAUUACAAACAGCAUUAACCAGUCCAACUUACAGCAGUUUGUCAAGUCCUACAAAAGUCGGCGGGAUCUGGAGAUUGAAAGACCUGUACAAGGAGAAAACGUUAAUGUACGAACCCUCAAGUGUCCAGCCUUGCUGAUAGCAGGUGAUAGUUCUCCUGCUGUGGAUGCUGUGGUUGACAGCAACUCCAGAAUGAAUCCAACAACCACCACCCUGCUCAAGAUGGCUGACUGUGGAGGCCUUCCACAGGUUGAUCAGCCUGGCAAACUGAUAGAAGCUUUCAAGUACUUUAUCCAGGGCAUGGGCUACAUGCCAUCUGCAAGUAUGACUCGUCUGGUUCUCUCUCGUACGGGCAGUAGCUCAUCCCUGCAUCAUAGCCGCAAUCGAUGUGGCACAAACACAUCACAGGAGGAGCGUGGACGUACCCAUACUGAUGUAUCCAUGGACAGCACCUUCAACAGCAUAGAGCACAACCCCUCAGGACCCAUACUUUCUGUUUAGCUGUUAUGCUAAAUGCCUGAUGUAAUCACACCACUGAUGCAGAUAUAAGAAUGUAACUAGGCAACUAAUUCUGAAUCAUUUGAAAGUUGAUGUUCCUAUUAAAUCACAUUUAAUGAUGCACUGCCUGCAUCAUAAGGGAUUUACUGUAAGCAGGGUCAGGUCAGCACAGCAAACAUAUGUAACUAAUACCCAUUAAACUAGACAUUGAGCUAGUCUAGUGCUUUGUUACUUUUGAUUUUUUAACAGUAUAAUAAACAUCCACAUUUUUUAUUAUAUAAAAUUAUAUGGACACAUUUAUAGUAUAGUGCAAAAGUCUUAGGCCACCACCACCAGAUUUGUUGUUUUAGAAGUGUUAA